AUGUAUAGUAUUCACGCCUCCCUUCAGAAUGAACUUCUUCUAACAGAACAAUCCUGUCGAUCUCUUAUUAAAGCCAAAACCGAGCUUGAAAACCAAGUUACUAAAUUACGAAAUGAUCUAGCUAUAGCGGAACGUGAUUUGCUUCGGCUGCAGACAUCCAUAGACUCCUAUCAAAUACCUCUCUCUAAUUUUUCUUUCCGACAAUCUUUUUUACCUAUUUCGUUUUCUCUUCCUUUCACAGAAUAUUCGACUCAUGUUGGUUGCACAAUGCAUACCUGUUUUAAUUGGACUGCUUGUCGUCUUCAUUCUCAUAAGUAUUUACGAGUUUGUUUUAGUCAUGGAAGUGUUGUAGGCGAUCAUCAAUUGCACUAUGCUCUUCUCAGAUCUCCUCACUAUUCAACUUCCUGCAGUCAGGCUUGUUUGCGAAUUAUUUUCUCCCCUGUAACUUGUAAUUCUACUUCUUGUUUGUACAUUGGUCCUCCAACUAACUCUCUUCCUCCCAACGUAAUUCGUGCAUCCCCCAUUUAUUCAAAUAAUUUCUUAUUCCGCCCUGGUUUUGAUCUCAUCAUCGCUCCUUUUGGAAAUAGGUCAAAUGAUUCUCUUCUUCCUAUGAUUGUACGGAGGGAGACAAAGUGGUUGCUAGGUGCCUCCUUAGGGACUUCUAACCAUUCUGAAUUAAAUGCUUCAUUCCUAGCAGAUUUGAAUUCUGGUAUCGGAAAAGACGAUCUGGUAAAUAUUAAUCUCGGAACAUCUUCUGAUGGAUGUCUUAAAAACUUUGGAGGUGAUAAUUUUACUCUUUGGCGACCUUGUGAUGACGCCAGCUCUAUCCUGAGUGCUUCCACCUUCUGUCUCCUGAUUGAUAGUAUUCUAGAUAAUGUUCAAGUUUAUACAACUAUUGGAGAACAGUUGGUCGCAUGCCUGUGUAAUGCCGCAAUUCCUGUCUUCCUCUCUCGUGGUGGGGGAAUAGAAUCUCGUCUCUUCCCCUUUUGGGAAAUUCUAGAUUCAAAAUGGCGUAAGGCGGUUGUUUUUCUGCCUCGCCGCAGACUUCCACAUCUUGUUACUGUUCUCAGGAGUAUUGAUGAGAAUACACGGGUUGAGAUGCUACUUCAGGGUCAAGAAAUCUGGAGAAAGUAUCUAAGUUCCACGGAGGCUCAAUUGGCUACAAUCUUCCUAACUCUGAGUGGACGGCUAGGACUGCCCCAACCGCCUGCACCUCUUUAUAGAUCAGCACCAGCUUUAAGUUCUGGACGUUUUCAACCUGAAAGGCUCUAUCAACCAAGACCUGAAGUCCUGGCUCAAGUAGAUGUUGAUGGAUUGUUGGGUCCAAUUGGACCGAAGUGGGACUCUCCUCCACAAUCUUCGUUUGGACCGUUUUUAGCAGCAUUGGGAUCGUUGAAGAUCGAUCAGUUCUGGACCCAUAUUAAUACUCCCUGGAGCUCACCGUUACUUCCAACGGAAUUCCAAUUCAUCAACGUCAUGAAUGCCAGUAACUAUCGUCCAAUCAAUCACAGUGUCGGGAUGGCUGGAAAGGAAUUUGCGGCCAAUAUUGGCGGAAUGCAUCCCUACGAGCAGUUCACUAUUGUCGUUUUAACUUACGAUCGGGAUAGCAUUUUGACAUUGAUGCUAGAGGGUCUUCUUAACUUAGCCUAUCUUCAUUCCGUUGUGGUAAUCUGGAAUAAUCCCAAACCACCAUCGGAAAGCUUGCUCUGGCCCCGCCUUCAUGUUCCUAUCCAGGUUGUUAAAAGUGAGAAGAACAGCCUGAAUAACCGAUUUCUCCCUUACGAUGUCAUCAAAACUGAGGCUAUUCUUAUGCUUGAUGAUGAUGUUACGCUUCGACAUGAUGAGAUCAUUCUCGGUUUCAGGGUAUGGCGAGAAAAUCGCGAUCGUAUUGUUGGGUUCCCAGCCCGAGGUCACUUUUGGUCUGCUGCUAAUCAGAGCUGGUACUACAAUAGUGCUCAUGCAUGUGAAUACUCAAUGAUUUUAACGGGCGCAUCUUUCAUUCAUCGGUAUUAUCUACAUGCCUAUACCAACGAGAUGCCUGCUCAAAUUAGGGAAAUUGUUGAACAGAAGUUUAACUGUGAGGAUAUCGCUAUGAACUUCCUGGUUUCGCACAUAACACGAAAGCCCCCUCUAAAAGUAACGACUCAUUGGUCUUUCAUUUGUACCAACUGUACAUCAACUCUGUACAACGGAGGGUCACAUAUUGCAGUUCGAUCUGAGUGUAUAAAUCAAUUCGAGAGGAUCUAUGGAUAUAAUCCCCUGAUUUAUACUCAGUACCGGGCCGAUUCGGUGCUGUUUAAAACACGACUUCCGCUAGGAAUGGAAAAAUGCUUCAAAUAUGUUUAG